AUGACAGCAGCAACACCAAGUGAUCGAGCAAAAUGUUUUGUAUGCGGCAAAGAAAAAAUCGUAUAUGCAUGUGAAGGAUGCUCAAAAAGAUUUUGUUUGAAAGAUUUAACAGAACAUCGCCAAAACCUUGGCAAACAAUUUGAGGAAAUUGAAAACGAUCGUGAUCAGUUUUACCAAAAACUUGCUCACCAAAAAAACAAUGUAACAAAGCCUCUUUUGAUACAGUACGUUGAUAAAUGGGAAGAAGAUUCAAUUAAGAAGAUUAAACAAACAGCAGAAGAGUGUAGACAAACGUUAAUUGGGCAUCAAAAUAAACAUUUUGCUGAAAUAGAAAAAAAAUUAUCUCAAUUAACUGAACAAUUGAAACAUACUCGUCAAGAAAAUGAAUUUAAUGAAAUUGAUUUAGACCGAUUGACAACAAAAUUAUCAAAACUAACAGAAGAACUUGGUCAACUACCCAAUAUUAAGAUUCAACAAGACUCUGCAUCAUAUGUAAACAAAAUUUCAGUUGAUGUGUCAUCUGAAAUUCGUCAAGGAAACAAAUUAAGUAAACUCAGUCGUCCAACAGGUUCAUCAAAAUUAACAGUUCGUUCAAGAUUCCAUAGUGAUGAUGAUGAUGAUAAGCCAAAUUUGUCUUCAAAAACAUUAACUCGUUCAAAAAUAUAUGGUGAUGAUGAUGAUGAUGAUGAUAAGCCAAAAUUGUCUUCAAAAACAUUAACUCGCUCGAAAUAUGAUGAUGAUGAUAAACCUACUUCUUCUAUAAAAACACUAUUUCAUUCAAAAUUUCACGAUGACAAUGAUGAUGAUUGGCCAGCUGUUUCUUCAAAAAAGACAACUCACUCCAAAUAUGAUGAUAAUCGACAUCUUUCUUCUGUAAAACCAAAAUCUCUCUCGAAAUAUGACGGUGAUGACUACUAG